CAUAAUGCGGUAACUAUUGCUGAAAAAAAUGUGAUUUCUUUCUGUCGCAGCGUGAAAACUUGCUCCAUCUUGUCACUAAAUUCAACACACAUUUUACACGAUCUCUAAUUUAGUCAUGAAGAUCACCAAGCUAAAAUUUCUACAGUUCGGCGCUUUGGUUUUGUUCCUUUAUGCCAGCAUGACAAUCAAACUUUUUGGAGAGAAGAUUGCGUCUCGCAUUUUGGAUUCUCGCACAUCUGAGAGCAUUAAUGAAAAUAUAAAUGAGACUUCAUAUUAUAUUGAUCAGCUGAAAUUAAAGAAUCCAAAUAAAAUUCACAAGAUUUUGAUAACUACUGUUGGACGCUCGGGAUCGUCUGUUUUUGGACAACUAUUGAGUCAGAUGUCAGCUAAGUCGUGGUAUGUUUUCGAGCCAUUCCAUCAGUACUCGAAGAAAACAAACAGAUUCAACGCCGAACCCAAGGAAGCAUUUCGGCUUCUGUGUGGCUUCCUGACAUGUGACGUGCCUGGAGAUCUCAAGAAGAAAGUAUACAACCACAACUUCGCUCGUCUCACCAGACGGGACUCCCGAUUGAAGCCCAGUAAUCCAACGGCUCCGGAAGAAGAACAGUUUAAAGAACUCUGUCCUGCUUCAGACUUGCGAAUCAUCAAGAGCAUCCGACUAUCCUUCUUGCCAGUCGAGGUUCAAAAUAUGAUUUACAGACAACUGUUGGAUCUGUUUCCAGAUUUGGUCAUCAUCAUUUUGUACAGAGACCCUAGGAAGGUCUACUUGUCCUCUGAAGACAGGCACUUUAAUGUUGGUGGAAUUCAGCAGACAUGCGCAGAUCAACUAUCACUCUACUUGUCACUGGGCAAGUAUUCAUCUGAACACAAUUCCGAAUACCCUCACGCCAGCCGAAUCAUUUCGGUCAAAUAUGAACAAAUGACAUCAGACAUGCUGAACUUCACUCAACAAUUGAAGAGAAGAAUCUUCGGGUCAAAUUUAGACAAUGAAGCUGUAGCUUGGAUCAAGAAAAAUUUAAUCGACCACCGGCCCAAAGGAAAUCGGUAUCAAAUGUCGGAAGAAAUUUCAAGGAAAGUUAAGGAAGUUGAAGUUGAUCCUGAGGGCAAAGCGAGUCAAUUCUUGCUGGACGAUUGUCCAUUUCCGAUUUGAAAGCUUAUUUUUAUAUCUAUAAUCUGAUGAAAUUUUUUAAGCAUUAUCAAGUGUUAACUUGA